AUGAGUGACAUCUCACCCCAUCCCAAGUCGAGUUCGCUAGCCGCGGUUGAAGUUUCACCAGAGUUGUCAAGGAGAGAGCCAAAAUCUCCUCAGCGUCAGCCCAAGACCAACACCCAGGUCAGUCAUGUCAGUGAUUGGCAACAGCGAUUGGUGGAUACCAUGGCUUUACCGAAAACCUCUAUGAUGACAUUUUCGGGAGAUCCCAGACAGUUUUGGAUGUUUAUGCGACGUUUCAAUAGCUGCAUUGGGGACACAACCGUUGAUGAUAGCGCAAAGUUGAAUUGUCUGUUUGAGUUUUGUAAGGGUAAAGCUGCAGCUGUGAUUCAACCGUGUGCCAUUAUGGAUCCACGUAAAGGCUAUAUCCGAGCCCUGGAGUUGUUGAAGGAGCGAUUUGGUAAUGAGUACCAGAUAUCUGAAGCUUGUGUAAAGCACGUGACGGAAGGUCCAGUGAUAAAGGGGACUGAUUCUACGGCUCUGCAAGAUUUGGCUGAUGAGGUGUCAAGCUGUAGUGAAACCUUACAAGCAAUGAACUGUAUCGGUGAAAUCGACACGAGAUCAAGGGUCGUACAGAUUGUUGAGAGGCUACCUCUGUUUUUAAAGUCCAGAUGGCGUAAGCUUGCAGUAGAUAAAGUGGUGAAGGAUAAAGUUUAUCCAGGGAUACAGGAACUUGUAAAUUUCCUUCAACGUGUCGCUCGAGAGGCAAACGAUCCCGUAUUUGGAGUCACCAAGCCGUCGGAGCAAGACUGUUCAAAGAAGGAUGGUCGCACCGCAGGUGGAAAGCCACAGGGUUAUGUGCAAUGGAAAGCCAGAUCCCACACUACAGGUGAAGCCAAGAACCUUGCGAAAGCCAACAUGAAAUGCUACAUCUGUGAAUCCACACACAGAUUGUUGGACUGUCCUGUUUGGAAGUCGGCGGCCGUGCCAAGGCGAUGGAGCCUAGCAAAGGAAAAGAGGUUAUGUUACAGAUGUUUGGCGGGAAAUCAUAUGGGUAAAAACUGCCCCCGCGGGAACACAUGCAAUGUCAAUGGCUGUGGUAAAAGUCACCGUUUCCAUCUUCAUGAAGACCGACCGUCGCCAAAGUCAAAAGCCGACCCUGCCAAUAAUGCCAACAGUUCCUUUGGUACCAGUUAUUUGCAGCCUAAUGUACCCAUACAGGUUGUGCUGCGGACGGUUCCAGUGUGGUUAGUUGGUCCAGGAGGAAAGAGAGUGCUGAUAAAUGCACUAUUGGAUGAAGGAUCUGACACGUCUUAUGUUCGAGCGGAUGUCGUAACAGCUCUGGGAAUAAGUGGAACUGAGGAGAAUUUGAAGAUUGCUUCAAUUGCUGACUGUGUGUCACUGGACAGCCAGAAAGUAAAAGUUCAGCUUGAGAGUAUAGAUGGCAGCACGGUUCGGAAGAUGAAGAUCUGGACGAUGAGUGACAUGUGCAGAAAGCUACCGAUACAGAAUUGGAACCACCACAAGACUAAGUUUGACCAUAUUGCUGAUUUGGAGUUUCCUACAGCAUCGGGUAGGAAGACUGUUGAUGUUUUGAUAGGAUCUGACUACCCAGAGUUAGGUAUCGCCCUUGAGGAGCGUAUUGGAAAACCCGGUGAGCCAGUCGCAAGGAGAACACCGCUUGGUUGGACGUGUGUUGGUCCUCUACCCUUGAUCAAUGUACAUCAGACCACCACCAACUUCACGAUGAGCUUUCAUGCCACACACGAGUCAACCGAUCAGCAGUUGCAAAAGUUGUGGGACUAG